AUGCUUGCCGCUGCCAGCUAAAGUCGGGAAUAUUUGCUUGUUUUAAUCUAUAUUUAUUUUCUUUGUGAAUGCUGUUAUUUUCUUUGGAAUGACGCUCGCAAUAUAUAAAGAUUCUUAUUACAAUUACUGAAACCCUUCAAUUAAACGGUCUAAAACAAACUGAUGCUGCUUUGCAGAUUGCGGACGACCGUGAUUGCGGAAAGGAAUAUCAACAGAUGUCAGAAUACCGAUGACGAUUGAACACUUGUUUACUCAUUGAAGUGCUCAAGUGUUAUGUUGUAGUAGUUGGAUCUCUUGUACGGCCUUGGUUGAAUUGGAGAUAAUUUGUUUUCUGAAUUUUACUGGGUUAUUGAUAGCCCUCGAAGAUGACAGACCCAUACAGUGAUAAUUUGUUUACCAAAUUCUGCACAUCAGUUUUCAACACAAUCGAUAAGCCAGUGACCUGGUUUAGAGAGCGUGUGGUGGUGCCAAACCGCAAGGAGUACCCCUGGUACCACCGCAGCUACAACCGGGUGCCGACCAUCGACCAGUGCUACACUGACGACCCUGUCUGCUUCUUUGAGGCCAACGAACAGUGGAUCAGGGACCGGCAGGUGGAUCGUGAGAUCGUUAACAUCUUGAGACAGAGGUGGCGAGACUGUGCCUUCUAUGAGGGCGUCGACGCCCCCGUGAAGUGUGUGGAACUGCAGAAAAUCUCCGAAGACGCUGAAACAAACUUCUUCAUUAAGUACGGUGACCUGAGUGCGUACGCCAACGUCAAGGACUGCUACAUGAAGCAGAAGCACCGUAUGCUCUGGGAGCGUCGGCACGGCCCCGUCGGUACGGGAAUGAAGACGGAACAGUGACGGGCCGCGAGCGCCGCGCGCAGUGGGGCCGACGGCAGCCCGAGAACACUAGCGAAUGCCUGUGUGUAUGUAAAUAAACUGUGGGGACUGUA